GUGGAUAACAGGUUGCGAAUCUGAGACCCACACACUUUGGGCAUCCGUCUUCCCCAGCGGAUCCAUACCGAGGGACACGUUGUUGCACAGUAUCAUCUCAAGAACGAGAAGAAGCAUGGGUUUUCGCGCACGGGUCUUCCUCCUGGCCGCGGCGUGUGUCGGGGUCGGGCUGGUCGCCGACGUGCUGAUAGCGAUCAGGUUCUCCCGGUGGCUUGAUGGCUGUGGUACAUGUACCACCGCCGGGAAGGUCCCGGGCGGCCGUGCUCCCACCGCCGAGGGUCCGGCCGGCCUGGGCGCGCUCCUGGCCGAGGCGGAGGGCUGGGUGUCCGAGGCGCUCAUGGACGAAAUAGACGCGGCCCGGAUCGAGGAACACUUGAGGAAGCUAACAGAAAAGCCUCACCUAGCGGGAACUGAGGGGAGUUACAGCGUUGCCGAGUACGUGAGAAAGGCGUGGUUGGACCAGGGUCUGGAUUCUGCGCACAUCGCUCCGUACCACGUUCUGCUCUCGUACCCAGACCCGGACAAACCCAGUUUCGUCGCCCUUCUGGAUAGCGACGAGAAGGAGCUGUUCCGAUCAGCUCCCCGCGAGCCGAGUUUGGAUCUGGACCCGCCGGCGGACAUCGCCGGGGUGGUGUCGCCCUUCGCCGGAUACUCUCCCUCGGGAACCGUCCAGGGAGACCUGGUUUACGUGAACUACGGCCGACCGGAGGACUUCGACCACCUGGAGGCCCUGGGCAUCACGGUGGCCGGGAAAAUCGUCAUCGCUCGCUACGGGCAUUCCAAGGCAUCGAGAGGCAGAAAGUUGAGACGUUGCCAGGAACGCGGUGCGCUGGGCCUGAUCGUGUACUCGGACCCUGCUGACAUGAUGGGGACGGGCCCGGGGGCCGGCGGCAGGCCGGUGUACCCGGAGGGGUGGUUCGGCCCGGGCACGGCAGUCCAGAGGGGGAUGUACCUCUACACAAACAUGGAGGGAGAACCGCUUACACCGGGUUAUCCUGCAAAAGAUUACAUGUUCCGGUUACACGAAAGUGAGAGUGAGCCGCUCCCGACCAUCCCCGCCCACCCCAUAGGGUAUGACGACGCCUGGCAUCUCCUCAGUGCAAUGACAGGACCCGAAGCCCCGUCGUUAUGGAGAGGUGGUCUCAACAUCACCUACCGACUUGGUCCGGGACUGCAGGCAUCUGGACGCGCCAGGAAAGUCCGGCUGACCGUGAACGUGAACCGUGACGUCAGACCCAUUCACAACGUCAUCGGGGUCAUUCGGGGUCGCCUGGAGCCAGACCGGUACGUGUUGCUAGGUAACCACCAUGACGCGUGGAACCUGGGCGGGGUGGACCCCAGCAGCGGGACCAGUGCCCUACUGGAGGUCAGCCGCGCCUUCGGAGCGAUGCUGAAAAGAGGGUGGCGCCCCAGACGGUCACUCGUAUUUUGCAGCUGGGAUGCUGAAGAAUAUGGAAUACUGGGGUCGUUCGAAUGGGUCGAAGACUUUGGUAAGAUCCUAACGGAGCGAGCUGUGGCGUACUUGAAUGUGGAUAUGGCGGUGAGAGCCACCUACACCCUCCGUGGAAGGGCGUCACCCCCUCUAGCCCCAGCCUUACUGGAAGCCGCUAAGAAGGUUCCAUGGCCUGUCAGUGCACCGGAAGGGAAAACCAUGUAUGACGUCUGGCGGAAGCGCACACCGGAAGUUGUCGGUGACCCGGAUACAAAACCUAAGGUGGACUUUCCUCGAGCUGGAAGUGACUACGCCCCGUUCGUGAACCGGAUUGGCGUCCCGUGCAUCGACCUGGCGUUUUACCAGGACAAGUCCACGGGUAUACAAUCCGACUACCCGCUCUACCACACGGCGUACGCGACCUUCCACCUGCAGAAGAAAUUCGUCGACCCGGGCUUCGUAUUCCACCGGGCGCUGGCGCAGCUGUGGGCGGAGACGGCGCGCUCCCUGGCCGACGGACUCGUCCUGCCGCUCCGGUUGGCCGGGUACGGCGCCGUCCUCGGCGGGAUGCUGACCGACCUGCGGACCUCGUACGGAAAGCAGAUGGCGGUGAGAGGCAUCUCUCUCGACGCGCUGACAUCUGCAGUAAACAACUUCACAGCAGCGGCGGAAGCCUUUGACGCAGAGGUGACCGCUGCAAAGAUAACGAAUCCGUUUGUUGCCCGGAUGUACAACGAUCAGCUGAUGCAGCUGGAAAGAGCCUUCAUCGACCCGCAAGGCCUGACGGGAAGGAAAUUCUACAGGCACACCAUUAUGUCCGGCCGCCUGUACUCGACAGCGACCUUCCCUGCUCUCGGCGACGCCGUGUACCUGGCCGUAAACAGCAAGGAAGGCACCGAGGGGGCGUGGCGAAACGUUCGGAAGGAGCUGUCAAUCAUCACGUUCACCAUCCAAUCAGCAGCCAACACGUUAACAGCGCUAGAACUGACGUCAUGACAGUGAACCAGGAAUGGGGGAUGUUGCCGUACCCCCCGGCGAGGAAGGACACCAGCAGGGGGAUGUGGAGGCGGAGGUGCU